AGAGACUUAUAUAUACACAUAACUAUACAAACACAAACCCUCUCUUCAUUUUCUUUUCUUUUCUUUUCUUUUCUCUCCAGCCAAACAGAAAAAUGGUAAAAUUCUAUAUCGAGAACCCAUCACUACUGGACAACGAGGAGAAAGCACUUGAAGAAAACUGUAUUAUGGAGUCCCCAGCUUUGAGUUUUGAGGCUUUUAGCACUGAACAGAAGAUGCGUCUUAGAUAUAAUGUUGCAGACUUGUUUGUUAAAAUUGUGCAUACUGACCACAUCAGUCACUGCGGUCCAUAUCUCGCUAUGCACUACUUCGACAGAUUUAUUUCAGUAAAUGAUAACCUGCCGAUUUUGGAGAAUAAUGAAUUUAACUACCGUUGGCGUAUCACUGCAAUCUGUUGCCUUGGUCUAGCCUUGAAAAUGAGAACCAGCAACGCCUUCACAUACAGAAAAUUUCUGGCUAAUAAAAUGCCAAAACUUGUUAUUGUCAAUGAAAACGAUGUCCUGAAGGUUGAGAUUCUCAUUCUCCAUGCGCUUGAUUAUAACCUGCGUUCCGUAACUGCAUUAUGCUUCAGAUCCUACUUCGAGUCCUUAGUUGCAGAACCGAAUGUCAAACCAAAUGUCAAAGAUAUUAUAAUUCAAUCACAUGGAGAUAUACGCUUAGCGCGAUACAAUCCCUCAGUCGUAGCAGCAUCAGCUGUUCUGGCUUCUUACUAUAAGGACCCUGCCUGCCUGCAAGCUCUACUACAAGGCCGUGUCCACCUGGACGAAAAUGCAGUAAGACACUGCGUGGAACGGAUGUUCGAUAUGUGCAAUCAAAAGCUAAUCCCGUUUUCAGAGCGAAAUGUAGUAGCAGGGGAGACAUCAGCAGCAGAAAAACUGCCUGAAAGUUCAUCAGAAUCAUCAUCAGACACAGAAGAAGAUAAUUCUGAACCAUUACGACACCGACCUGGAAAAGAGCCGAUGUUCAAGGAAGAAACUGGGACGGACAUCAGCAAAAUAAUGGAAGAGUUAAUGGUUAAAGCUCGUGAGCAUAAGAAACGCGAAAAUGAGAUCGACGUGAGAAAAGUAAUGGAAGAGUUAGUGGAGGAAGCUCGUCAGAGUAAAGAAAAAGAAAGAAUAAGAUCAGAGAAAGUAAUGGAAGAAUUGAAGUGGAUGAUGGGUGUGAAGGAAGAGGAACUUGUAUUAGAUCCAUCUCAGUUUCCUAGUGGAUUUGAAAGUGAUGAUGCACAAGAAAAAGUUAAAGUUGGCAAGAUGAAGUCUUUUCUCAACAAGUAUAUGUGCUGUCUGAAGAUUGACAAGGAAAAACAAGACUAGUUCAGUAAAAUACAUGUAUUUUUGUCAUGACUUUUUAGGACUAAUUUUUAGAUGAGUUUCAUAAAUAUAUUUCAAAUUUGUCCUUGUUAAAUGCAUAAUUGAACAUGAAAUUGCAUAAAAAUUGGUUUUGUCCA